GCUCGGGCGCUGCUGGGGGGGUGCCCCCCGUGCCCCCCGUGCCCCCGGGUCCGGGCCGAGCUCCGGGAGCGUUUCCUGCUGGCUCUGGGAGCCGCCCGGGGCCUCCCUUCCCGCUUUUCCCUGCGCUCCGGGAUCCGCGUGGACGCCCAGUUCGGAGCCGCCGACCUGGAAUUCCGGACGCUCCAGGUGGAUUCGCUCCGGACCCCCCUGGGGGUGGAGGCGGCGGCGCUGCUGAGGGGCAGCGACGUCCUGGGAUUCUCCUUCCUCAUCCCGGAGCCCCCCCGGGAAUGAACCCACCUCUUCCUGAGGGAUUCGGGAUUUGGGACGUCCUGGGAUUCUCCUUCCUCAUCCCGGAACCUCCCAGGGAAUGAACCCACCUCUUCCCGAGGGAUUCGGGAUUUGGGACGUCCUGGGAUUCUCCUUCCUCAUCCCGGAGCACCCCCGGGAAUGAACCCACCUCUUCCCGAGGGAUUUGGGAUUCCAGAGGAUUUGGGACGUCCUGGGAUUCUCCUUCCUCAUCCCAGCACCUCCCAGGGAAUGAACCCAUCUCUUCCCAAAGGAUUUGUGAUUCCAGAGGAUUUGGGAAGGGGCAGCGACGUCCUGGGAUUCUCCUUCCUCAUCCCAGAGCCCCCCCGGGAAUGAACCCACCUCUUCCUGAGGGAUUCGGGAUUUGGGACGUCCUGGGAUUCUCCUUCCUCAUCCUGGCCCCUCCCAGGGAAUAAACUCACCUCUUCCCAAGGGAUUUGUGAUUCCAGAGGAUUUGGGAAGGGGCAGCAAUGUCCUGGGAUUCUCCUUCCUCAUCCCGGCACCUCCCAGGGAAUAAACUCACCUCUUCCCAAGGGAUUCGGGAUUUGGGAUGUCCUGGGAUUCUCCUUCCUCAUCCCAGCACCUCCCAGGGAAUGAACCCACCUCUUCCCGAGGGAUUUGUGAUUCCAGAGGAUUUGGGAAGGGGCAGCGACGUCCUGGGAUUCUCCUUCCUCAUCCCAGAGUCCCCCCGGGAAUGAACCCACCUCUUCCCGAGGGAUUCGGAUUCCAGAGGAUUUGGGACAGUUUUUCCCAGCCCCUUUUCCCAAAGGAUUUGUGAUUCCAGAGGGUUUGGGACGUCCUGGAAUUCUCCUUCCUCAUUCCAGGGAAUAAACUCGCCUUUUCCCAAAGGAUUUGUGAUUCCAGAGGGUUUGGGACAUCCUGGAAUUCUCCUUCCUCAUCCCAGGGAAUAAAUCCGCCCUUUCCCAUCCCCUUUUCCCAAAGGAUUCGUGAUUCCAGAGGAUUUGGGAUGGUUUUUCCCAGUCCCUUUUCCCAAGGGAUUCAUGAUUCCAUAGGAUUUGGGACAUCCUGGAAUUCUCCUUCCUUGUCCCAGGGAAUAAAUCCCCCUUUUCCCAGCCCCUUUUCCCAAAGGAUUCGUGAUUCCAGAGAUCCCAGGUAAUGGAUUCCCCCUUUUCCCAUCCCCUUUUCCCAAAGGAUUGGCGAUUCCAUGGGAUUUGUGGGUUUAUUGGAUUCCAAGGAGCCCCCUCAGUGCCGGUAGUGGGGGCUCCGGGAUCGGGA